UGGCAGUGGCACGCGAUUCCUUCUCGGCUGCUUCUGCUUGCUCCCCCAACACGUCAUUCCCCCUCCGUCCGCCGCGGCUCCCACCACCUCCACUCCACCGCGCCCCGCUCCCGCUCCCGGACGGAUCUCGAGCCUCCCGGGGACUGAGCGCCAGCCGCGACCGCGAUGGCCGACGCGUACUGGAGGUACGCUGCCGCCGACCCGCGCCAGCAGCAGCAGCAGCAGCCGCAGCCGCCCUCCGCCGGCGGGGGCAUCGGGCACCCCGGCAUGGGCGGCGGCGCACCGCAGAUGGCCCCCGCCGUGGGGCAGCAGCAGCAGCAGCAGCCCAUGAAGCGACCCCGCCCCGCCGACUUCUCAGAUGUACCCGGUGCACCUGACAUGACUGGCUAUUAUCCACGUGAUGAAGAAAGGGCAGGAUAUCGUCCUGCUAGAGAUACUGAGGCUCUUAACGCGUCCUACGAACGUUUUCUGCGUACUGGGCAAAUUCAAUCCUUUGGUGGUGGACCUGCUGGAGAACCUAUUAGGCCUGCUGUUGGUGGCAAUGCUGGCUACCCAGUUGAUGACCGUUCGAUGAUGGCUGCUAGGGGUAUGGAUAGCAGAAAUAUUGGUUUCGGUGGUGGAAUGCCAGAGCCACCCCUUCCACCUGAUGCCUCAAACACCUUAUAUAUUGAAGGCAUUCCAACUGGCUGUACACGUCGAGAAGUUUCACACAUCUUCCGACCAUUUGUUGGCUUUCGUGAGGUUAGGCUUGUAAACAAAGAACCGAAACAUCCUGGUGGUGACCCUAUUGUCCUGUGUUUUGUUGAUUUCGCGGAACCUACACAAUCUGCUAUUGCCAUGGAGGCUUUGCAAGGCUAUAAGUUUGAUGAGCAUGAUCGCAAUUCACCCAAUUUGCGGCUGCAAUUUGCUCGAUUUACGGGUCCAAGGGGGAAUUCAGGACCUGGUGGCGGUCGUGGUAGGCGAUAAGUUCUUGGCGUUCCUUUUGCCAGGCCUGUUCACAGCGAACACCCAUGUGGGAUCUUGUUAGUUUGAUCACCGUUCCAGAGAUAUUACUCUAUACUUCCAUAGGAAUAGGAUUGGUAGCUUGGACCUUGCGGUUCCAGCUUUGAGACCCUGGUCUCGCCAGAUGUUUUCUAGGCAGAAUGCACUAGCUGAACAUAUUAGGUCCAAACAUUUGUACCAUCCCGCAGGCGUAAUGCCUAAUAUUGCUGAAGUUGUUUGUAAUAUGCUGAUUUCUAUCUUGAGGCAGUUUGGCUGUUUAAUCCGUGGACUUGAUGAAUAUGAUUGAAUUGGCUGCUGUUACA